AACAAAUCGAGAAAAAAAAAAACUAAAUAAGCGAUGUAUGUUUUGCCUGCAGGGUAUAUUACGUAAUGGACAAGAAAUAGUAGUAAAGAGACUCUCAAGGACUUCUACACAAGGAUUUGAAGAGUUCAAGAAAGAGGUCAUGCUUACUGCUAAACUGCAACAUGUAAAUCUUGUAAGAGUUCUGAGAUUUUGCACUGAAAAAGAAGAACAAACGUUGAUCUACGAAUACAUGCCAAACAAAAGCCUGGAUCAUUUUGUCUAUGAUCCAAUGAGGGGAUCACUUUUAGAUUGGGGAAAACGAGUUCAAAUCAUUGAAGGGGUUACUCAGAGGCUCUUGUACCUCCAAGAGUACUCAAGAUUGACAAUAAUUCACAGGGAUUUGAAAGCGAGCAACAUUUUGUUAGACAACGAGAUGAAGCCCAAGAUCGCGGACUUUGGCAUCGCUAGAAUUUUCCAGAAAGAUGAAUUCGAAUGCAACACUAACCGGAUUGUUGGAACAUAUGGUUAUGUACCUCCUAAAUAUGUAAAACGUGGCAUAUACUCUACUAAAUCAGAUGUUUAUAGCUUCGGAGUUCUUCUUUUACAAAUUAGUAGAAGAAAGCAGAAUAGUUGUUCACAUGGCCUUCAUGAAGACUUAAACCUCCUAGACUAUAGACUAUGUAUGGAGUUCAUGGAUCCAUCACUCAAUGAUACAAAUUCAUCCUAUAAAUUAGUGAGAUGCAUGCAAAUAGCAUUGCUAUGUGUCCAAGAAAAUCCCGUCGAUAGACCCUCCAUGUUGGAACUCUCGUCGGUGCUGAAAAAUGAAACUGCCGCCAUGAACACUCUUAAAAGGCCUGGUUUUUCUUCGAGAAGAGAUGAAGAUGAAGUUCAAGUUCAAGAGUCUACAUCUCAACAAGAAAUUUGGUCAGUUGGUGAUGUAUCCUUUACCGAAACAGUAGCACGAUGA